AAUACUUGAGUGAGCAGCGCCUGUGACUCUUAAAAAAAGUUUCUGGUUUCGUUGGCGCGACAACAACAACAACAACAGCAACAACAGCGACGGCAACAAUAAAUAAAACUUCAAUAUGCGCCGACCGGCCUUCAGCGCAGAAUAUUAACAAUAUAUUGUACAUAUGUAUGUGCAUGCGUCUAUAUGAAUGUGUGUGUGUGUGUGUAGACAACAACAACUGUCACGCAUCGAAGGGGGCGUGGGGGGCGGCACACAAAAUUGUAGAAGCAUCUCCGCUCGCUCUCUCUCUCUCUCUCUCUAUCUUUCUUUCUCCGUGUCUCUCUCAAAUUGCCUGCGGUCUGAGUUAAAGGCAAAAAAGGCUAAAAUAGCUCAAAAAUAAUCACAAACACACACACACAGAUAUAUACACACACUUAGCCGUUCAGUGGCACACAGGCGCUGGGACCUACUGAUGAGACCAACAACAUAGCGCGGGAGGGAGAGGGAGAGAGAGAAUCAGCAUUGAGCUUGAGCCGUGCGUAAAGAAAUCAAAAACAAAAACAAAAAAAGGCAAAGCAAAUAAAACAAAAAUCGUGAUUAAUAUUUUUUUUUUUUGUGUGUGAGUUUUGUUUUUGUUUUCUUGUGCUCUUGAAUCGGGCUUUUGUUAAGCUUUUAAUCAACAAAAUUAAAAGAAGGCUGCAGCAACAACAACAGCAACAACAACAACAACAAUAGUUAGCAGCAGCAGCAGCAGCAGCUAUUCGACAACUUGUCGAUAAGCCGAAAGAUAACGAGCCGCAGCAGCAAUAGCGAACCGGAGAGCGCCCAUACCAGAGAGCUCCAGAGCGUGAGCGCGCGCGUGUGCUACAGCGAGUGAGAGCGGGAGAGAGCGAGAGAGAGCGGCGGUGGCAGCAUCCCAAAAGGAAACGUUAACACCACCCACCCGAAAGAAGCAGAAAUCAUGGGACGUCGCACGUAUCUGAAUCGCGCCUAUGCAAUUUCCUACCCCAGUCGCGUCGAGGGCUGGCUGGACGUGUGCGAAACGGAGGGCGAGCUGACACGCAUGAUCAAACCGCUUCCAUGGGGGCCUCUCUACUGUGUGCUGCAGCAGGACGAUCAAACAUUUACCGCCUACUGCAGCGAGGAGAUUUCGAUAUUUCCGGCUACGCCCAAAAAGGAGCUGGAGCUGGGCGAUGUCUGCUAUGAGGAUAUACCGCGCGUGCGCUUGGAUCGUGCACGUCGCCCCGUCAAAGCCCUGUGGCACGGUCCGCCCACACUGGCGGAGGAGAACGAGGAUUCCGACAGCUGUCUCAGCACCGGCAUGACCGGCCUCAACGACAUAGUGUUGAAUACAACGCUCUACAAUGAUCUAGGUGAUAAUUCAUAUGUCAUAAAUAUCUGUCAGUCAGUCGACUGUAUCUGUAUCCAUGAGAUACUUGUAUCUAUGUAUCUGUUUGCAUGUAAAUUGCUCGUUCGCACUUUGCACAAAAAAAAAAAAAACAAAAACUGCUCGAUGUCGUCAUCGUCAUCGUCAUCAUCAUCAUUAUCUUUAUUAUCAUCAUCAUCAUCAUCAGCGUCUUUUAGUCCCGUCGAGCAGUCGAUCUACAUAUGGCAAUUGUUUCCACUUCCAAUUUGAGCUAGCCAAUUAUAUAAUGGAUAUAUAA